AUGCAGAAAAAUUUUGGUCGUUCAUCAUCACAACAUACAUUAUUAUCAAGCUUCCUCCAGCCCCUUAUAUUUUGCCUGUCAACGCUUUCAAAACUUGUACCGCCUAAAAUGUCCCAGCCAAAGACAGUGGUUGUGCUCGGCGCCGCCAUGGCCGGAGUUCCAGCCGCUCAAAAGCUCCUCACGCAGGUGGCACCAAAAGUUCCCGGAGGGCUCAAAGUGAUACUCGUCGGUCCCAACACGCACGUCUUCUGGAACCUCGCCUCCGUCCGGGGGGUUCUUCCGGGCAAUCUGAUGCCUGAGGAGAAGCUCUUUUACCCCAUCGCACCAGCCUUUGCACAGUUCAGCUCGUCUCAGUUUGAGUUUGUGGUCGGCAAGGCCACAACCCUCAACCCGGAAACAAAGAACGUCUUGGUGACGCUCAGUGGGAAGGAAGGUGGCCAGGCUUCCGAGAGGACAAUCUCGUACGACAUUGUCGUCGUCGCCACUGGCAGCUCGGCCAAGGAGAGCAUGCCCUGGAAGAUUGUGCAGGAUAUCGAAACCACAAAAACCAAGAUGCGAGACAUCGGCAAAGACAUCGACAACGCCAAGUCCAUCGUCGUUGUCGGAGGCGGUAUGACUGGUGUCGAGGUUGCGGGUGAGCUGGGUCAGACCUACAAGGGACGAAAAGAGAUCACUCUCAUCGUCAAGGACGACCUACCCCUGACCUCUGACGUACGCAGCGACAUUCGCGCCCUGAUCGUCACCGAACUGAAGAAACUCGGCGUCAACUUCAUCACCUCGAGCCGGGUAACGAGCGUCAAGGACGACAGCAGCACCGGCGGCAAGACGCUCGAGAUCACGAGCAGUUCGCAAAACACGACCCAGACGAUCCACGCCGACGUCUACCUCCCGACGUUUGGCAUGGAGCCCAACACGGAAUUUAUGCCCGCACACCUUCUCGACCAGAGCAGGCGGGUCAAGACUAAUCUCAAGCUGCGGGCCGAGGGCCACGACGACGUCUACGUCGUGGGUGACGUCUCGAACCUCCAAUCGUCGUCGGCCGCGCAUCUAGACGCCCAGGUUGCGUACCUUAUCAAGGAACUGGAGGCGAGGCUCGUAUCGGGCCGGAGUCUGUCUGAGGAGUACAAACCGAACGGGGGCGUCAUGUUCGCAGUGAGUCUUGGCAGCAAGCGCGGCACGGGUCAGAUGGGCAAGUGGAAGCUUCCGUCGAUAAUGGUAGGGUUUGCCAAGAGCCGCAACCUGACAACGGAUAGGGUGCCGGCCUAUCUCAAGGCUUAG